AUGAAGGAAGAAUUUAAAGCAUUUCCUGAAAUGGUUUGUGCUGAUGCUACAUACAAGCUGGUGGAUAUGAGAAUCCCAUUGUAUGUGCUGUUAAUUGAGGAUGGUAAUGGCCAGAGUGAGAUAGCUGCUCUUGGGUUGCUAGUAAAUGAACAGAGAGACACGUUACAAUGGUUCUUUAAUAAGUUCAAAGAAUGUAAUCCAGCCUGUUCAAAUACAAGAGUAUUUAUUACAGAUAAGGACAUGAAAGAGCGUUCUGUUAUCAAGUCAUUGUUUCCAACCUCUCGUCUUGUGAUUUGCCUUUUCCACACUUUGCGCACAUUUAACAGGGAAAUCACCUGCGAAAAAUUAGGUAUAACGCCAGAUGAACGAGAUAAUAGCAAAAAGUUAAUUGAACAGUUAUGCUACUGUAAAAAUGAAAAAGAAUACCAAGAGAUACAUACCAUUUUUUAA